UUUGACUCAGUUGAUUUACAACAAGUACAAGACAAAAGAAUGCCUGAGGACCAGCACAACGGCGCCAGCAACGUGAUUGGCAAUGUUGUGGCUAGCGACGGCGGAGCUGAUGAUGCUGCAGCUUUGACGACCGCGCUUCAAGGUUUGCAGCUCGCAGAAUCAGAUUGCAAGUCUUUACUGGACUACAUCGCCAUGAGCGCGCGCGUGACAAACGAAAAAGAGCGAAAAGCGAUGGAAAAAAGAGAGGAGGACGCAUUUGAGGCGAUGCUUGUUGAGGAUAUCGCCCGUUCAAUUGUGCUCCAGGAAGAGGCGCGAAGAGAUGGAAAGCAGGCGGGGCCAAAACCGCAGCCGAAAAAGUCAUCUCCAACAGCUGCAAAUGGAACAAAAGCGUCGUCAACAAUAGCUGCUGCUUCGACAAGCGUUGCCUCAGCAACAUCGAGUAAAAUAGCAUCACCUCCGGCACGAGUUGCAAAUACAACUAGUAGGGAGCCGCUCGCAUCAGGCACUAGUGGGGCAGUACUCCCUUCGUGUUCACGGCUGGAUGGAGGGACGAAGGGUGUGUACCUCCAGGACGUCAAGAAAAGCUCAGGAUCAACACGAUUGGUUCGCACUGGGUCCAUGCAAUCAGAGGACUCGGCGGCGGCAGUAGAGGUGAAUGCGUUUCCUCGGAAUUUGGUCGAGGAGGAUCCUUUUUCCGCAGAACUAGAGCGGGAGAUGGAAGCCGCGAUCGCAGCAGACUUGGAUCGGCAAUAG